AAUAAAUAGAGACGUCUCAUUGAGAAAAUACCUUCCUUUCCUUGUUCUGUUCUAUCUCGCAUUCCUUUUCGUUUCUUUGUUCUUGCGGGAGAAGAAGAAGAAGGGAUUCUGAAGAGAUCAGAUAUCUUCUUCUCUCUGCGGCUUCAACAUGUCUAGCAGAUGGAUCAGGCCCGAGGUGUACCCACUCUUUGCAGCAACUGGUGUAGCUGUUGGUAUCUGUGCAAUGCAACUCGUUAGAAACAUCACGAGCAACCCUGAAGUGAGGGUUUUAAAGGAGAACAGAGCUGCUGGAAUUCUAGACAACUUUGAAGAGGGUGAGAAAUACAAAGAACAUGGACUUAGGAAGUUUGUUCGCAAGAGAAACCCCGAGAUCAUGCCAUCCAUCAACAAAUUUUUCUCAGACCCAAACUAAAAAAAACCAUGAGAUUCGUCCACAGAUUUUCGCAGAUUGAACAAUUGAACUUAGAUAUCGGCUUGAAUCUGUUUUGCAAUGUAGGACCAAUAUUUGUUCUUAUGAAAGGGUUAUGAGACAAUUGUAAUGCACUAAAAGUUGCCAAAUUGUUGGGGGUAUGAUUGACCUCAUUGAUAAAUAAAGUUCAGUUCCAUAUUUUCUAAUAUAUGGCUGCUCA